GAACCAAAAUGCAGAUGGGUAGAUUUACCCAUGGGUUUAAUUACCCAUCUACCAAGGGAAAUUAAACUCAUUCGAUCUACAAUCAUGAUCAAAAGAAAGUGGAACUGGACGCUUUGCAUUCAAAGGAAUAAGCUGGAGGAACCAGGAACUUGCUAGAGGUAUAAGUUAUCCUUCCUGAUCUUGGAACAACUUUGGAUCCCCCAGAGUGCGGUUACAUUAUGCCAAAUUCAAAAAACAAUGGAUGAAUAAAGAAACUUUCCAAAACCAGCAAACAGACUUUGACUGCUCAAGUUAGUGAAACUGGAGGAUCAGAUUUUGUCCAUCUCUGGGGUCUCUGUAGUUCUCUACAAGUCCAAGAUAAAACACAUUCUGUGUGCCUGUAUGUGCAGCAGCCUUGUGCUAACUCUGCAUUGACAGAGAUGAGAGCAACAUAAAACUAAUGACUUGAGCUCAGACUACCACCAUCAAAUCUUAAUCCUGCCUAAUCUGUUCUCACAAUUCACCAUCUUUUCUCUUUUCUUCCCAAACACCUCCAGGAGGACUCAGACUCAACCAUUUAGAUCUGACUAAUUCAGUAGAAGAGGGAAAGGUAUAUAUUUUAGUUGGCGGCUUGAAAUUCGCCAAGAAGAGGAAAGAAAUGAACUUAUUGUCAUUUAAUUUGCACCAACAAAUGGUAUUGGAGGUGUUGACAACAAGCCGUGGGCGGGACCGUUUAAUCCAAACGCUGUGUGACGUUUUCCCCACUUAAAUACAGACAAGGUUCCCGCUGCGCAGAGGCUUUCCCAUCUUCGCAGGAGAGUGCCGCAUUGUUCUUACCGAUGAACUUUGAAGCAGUUACUAAAAGAAAGUUAAUAAUCUGAGCAUGUCAGCAUGGAUGCUAGAGCACGAGGAUUUAAGGAAAAAUAGAGCAAACUUGGAUAACAAGUGGUGUUUGUAUCAAGGAUCGGGAGAGAAGCGCAGAAAGAGUGAACAGUCCCAUCACCGCAUGAGCGUUGGAGUCGCAGAAGCGCACAGAUAAUCCUCCAUAACAUCAGCAUGGACAUCAGCAGCUCCUCCUUCAACAUGACCAACUACAAUGAGACAAUAAUGUCUGAGAAUACCAGCAGCACCAACGAUUCAGACACAACCCCACCAAUGCCCUUUAGUGAGGUUACUGCAGUAAUCUACACUACUGUCUUCAUAGUGGGAUUCUUGGGUAAUGCAUUAGUUAUCUUUGUAGUUGCCCGCUACACCAAAAUGAAGACAGUGACCAACAUGUACAUCCUGAAUUUAGCCAUGGCAGAUGAACUCUACAUCCUGGGGAUCCCUUUAAUAGGGACCAACAGUGCGCUAUCCUACUGGCCAUUUGGUAAUUUCCUCUGCAAGGUGUCCAUGACUUCUGAUGGCAUGAGCCAGUUCGCCUCCACCUUCUGCCUGACGCUGAUGAGCAUUGACCGCUUCCUCGCUGUGGUUUAUCCUAUUCGCAGUGCCAGAUGGCGAAAGCCCCAAGUAGCCAAGAUUUUAAAUGGCCUGGUGUGGGUUAUUUCAUUCUUGAUGGCGCUGCCGCUCACCAUAUUCUCGAGUGUGCAGGAUAAGUUCAACACAUGCAACAUAAGCUGGCCUGAUCCUUCAGCGAAGUGGUCACUUGCUUUUAUCCUCUACACAUCCAUCAUGGGCUUCUUCGGCCCUCUGAUUGUCAUCACCCUCUGCUAUCUAAUUAUUGUCAUCAAGGUGAAAUCUGCAGGCCUACGCGCAGGCCUGACAAAGCGGCGCAAGUCAGAGCGCAAGGUGACUCGCAUGGUGGUGAUCAUCGUGCUGGUCUUUGUGCUUUGUUGGCUUCCCUUUUUUAUCGUCAACAUUGUCAACCUGUUUCAUGUCAUCCCUGAGAGCAAAUUCACUGCUGAACUCUACUUUUCCAUGGUCAUCCUCACCUACGUCAACUCCUGCGCCAACCCAGUCCUCUACGGUUUCCUCUCGGACAAAUUCAACCAGAGCUUUAAGGCAGUGCUUUGCUUCUACAAGCAGGUGACUACUGCAACUACGGACCUAGUGGAGAGCAGACAGAAUGGCAAUAAGUCCAUCCAGAUGGAGGUUGUAAAGAGUCCCGAUGUUGAGCCUUUCACCGCAAAACCUGCAACGGAUUGCCAGUAAUUUCUGUUUUGUUGCUGAUCCAACUUGUGCACUGGUGGACCACAAGGCAUUCUGACGUUUUACCCAUGGGGUUUCAUGCUGACAUGGAAUUUCCUGACUUUAUUUCGGUUUGCCCUGUUUUUCACUGUCACAUCUCUGCAGAGGCUCACUGAACUGUCUGAAGACAGUUAUUUUACCAAUCACUGCAUUUUUUUUUGUUACGUCUUUGUAAACUGCAAUGGACAGUUAUAAUUUUUUGUUGUUGUAAUAUAAGAUAUUUACAAGACUGUCAAAUAACUUUAAUCCCUUUAGACUUAUUUUUUUGUUUUUAUGUGCCUGUUUUUAAGAAGAUAAUGCCUUUGUUUUAGUUUGCUGUCUAUACCAUUUGUUUUGGCUGUAUAUUUAGAAUGACUGUUAUUUAGCACAGAAAGACAUCUUAUGGAUGUAUUUUGCUACAUUGUUCACCACUAGGUGACCAAAUCAGGAUAGUUUGAUUUAUUUACUGGCAAGAAUCAACUGAUUGGUGGUACUCUAUGUGGCUAAAAUGGGAAAGUGUAACAGAAGUAUCGAUGUCCUAAUAUAAAAUCCAGAGGAAAAAAUGUGAUUGGUAAGAACGAUCAACAGCAUGACGACCUGUUGAUCGUUAUGCUUUGACAAGAUUUUGACGAGCUUCAGUCAUCUCCCCAUAAAAGGCAGCAGCAUUCACCCAAACAAAUAGCCUUCUCUGCCCACUGGGCAGCUGCAAGCCCCCUUCCUCCAUAAACUCUGAUUGGACUGGAUCUGAAGGCAUCUGUUGGGAGCAAACCCAGCCCCAAUGGACUUCACAACAAUAUGGUACCAGACAUUCCAGGACACCACCAGAUGUUGUUUGUGCACAUUCUGAUUUGUCAAAGCUUUAGUUUUAGGAGAAAAUGAAGAUCCUGCAGGUCAUACUCUCAUAUAUAGCUGAUUGAUUCCAGCUGUUGUUAUAUGUCUUAUGUUAUCCAGUUCUCAGUUUGUAAUGUUUGCAGUAUUUUUGUUGCAACAGAGAGAAAAAUGACCUCCUGGCUGCCAUUGUGGGGGCCUCAUUCUAGGGUUUUAUGUUGACUUGCAAAUUUUUUACACAUGUUUUAGUAAUGUGAAAAUUGUCUUCUAAAAAGACAGCCAAUUGUUUUUUUUUUUCUCUCUCUCUCUCUUUGGCUUACCUCCAGUUUAUGCAGUAAGGGUGGGAUGAUAUGUGUGACAUUAACACCUUUUAUUUUUAUCUGUUUUUUCUACUGACACUGACAUUUCCUCACAGGUGUAUCCUGACCCCAACAAAAUGUUAAUAAUGUUCAUAAGAUGUUUGAAUUUGUUUGAGAAACUAACCAAGUAAAUAGGUCGAUUAAAUGACAAGACACAUCACAUUUAUAUGUAUUGGUGAAAAUGUGAAUUCUGAAAUAAAAGGUCAAUCUAAAUCGAGCAUACAACAUAAAUGAUAACAUGAAUACAGUAUUAUGAAUGUUGAUACACCCUAAUUUUAGGGGUAAAAAACACCAUUAUUUAGUUCGAGGGUUUUCACAAAUAAGAAAGAAAUCUAUACCACAACUUGAAAAAAGUAUCCUUUCUUUUCACUGGAUUUUGUGUUCUCACAUCAUAUCACAACCACACCUUCUUGUGCUAUUUGUCUAAAGUGCACUCAUAUAUAUUGCAUUGUCUUGUUCAGCCCCUUCUCCAAGCUUGUUUACCGACAACCUGUUUUUGAGAUGGUUCGUAGGGGUGAAGGCGCAGCAGACAUUCUGCAGCCUGUGAUGUCCUGUUUGUUUGUUGUCACGCUCCUUCAGGUCCAUCAACCUUAAUGUCAGUGGAAAAAGAAUAAACCGUAAACAGUAUCAUUACAAAACAGAAGAAAGUUGCUAAACGAGAGCUGGUUUUGGAUUGUUGGCUGAUUCUGAGAAAGAGAUAAGAGGAGGCUGAGAUUACCUGACAGAAGGAAAACAAACAGAAGUUGGUUACUGAAGGGCAUAUUAAAGGUAAUCCAUGCCUGAGGACACAAACACUUACAGUGGAUUAUCCUUGCCACCAAACACUGUAACUUACAGAAAGACCUUAAUGUGGUAUUUAGCGAUAUAAAAUAAUUAACGAAAUCCAAACUGACCUAAAUCAACUGAUAUUUUAUCUAAUUUUCUGACAAUAAUGUAAUCUACAUUACUAUAUUACGUAUGCGUGAAUAUAUAGUGUCACGCUUAUGUUGUUAGGAAACUAAUGGUAUCUGAAACAGAAAGAAAUGUGAACCAAAUUUAUUUUGGAAUUGUAUUGUUUUAGAUUUAGGGUCAUUAGUAAGUAAUAGGCAGUAAUCAUUCAACAGCUAUUCUAUGUAAAUCUGUGAUUAAAGUUAAGAUUAAUGCUUUGAAAAAUGCAAGACUAAAUUACUAUGUAAACGCCCUAUAAGAAGAAUAAAGUUUGUUCUUUGCAAA